GUCGUUGUUUUGCAAUAAGUACCCAAUGACAUUUGAUUAAAAAAAAUGUUUCCGCGAUAUAAAUUACAUUUGUCAAUUGAUAUAAAUAAUAAAAAUUAAUUUAUCAUUAAAUAUAACAUUUAAUUAUUAUUAAUUACUAAUGUCAUUGAUAAAUUAAAUAAUUCUGAGUAUAUUUAUCAGAAUAACCAAUUACUUAAUAAUACACUACGUUGCGUGGUUACUAAAAUACAACUGACAUUUAUAAUAGAUUUGUUUACAAUGGUUUCACUAGUAACUAAUAAUGUUACAAUUUUUUAAGAAAACAGGUAGAGACAGAUUAAAAUCUCAAAGCUCACCAGCAAAGUCAACGAGCUCAGAUAAAUCAUUUACUGAUGGUUUAAUAAAUUUGACAACAACAUCGACACUAUCAACAUCAACAUCAUUAGUAUCAACAUCUAUUUUAUCAAGACCAUUAGCGUUACGUAGUCUUGAAGAAGAGGAAGCGGAUGAUGAUGAAGAAAUACGUGAUAGUUUAAUAACAGAAAUAUCAUCAGCACGAUCACGUUUAUCUAAAACAUUAAGUGAAAUUCUUGAUGACAAAGAUGGACUUGGUUAUUUUAUACAAUUUAUGGAGAGUCGUGGUAAAUUAGCGUUGAUUAAAUAUUGGAUGGAAGUUGAAUUUGUACGUGAAACAUCUGAUAAAUAUAUUAUUGCUAAUAAUAUUAAUUUAAAUGGCAAGUUUCCGGCUGAUAAUAAUGAUAAUUGCUUAGAGGAUGAAUGUAAUGGUGAUAGAAAUAUUAAAGAUGAUCAUAAGGAUAAUGAUAAUGUUAUUGUAAAUAAUGAUUGUAAAAAUAAUUAUCAACGACCAAAGACUAGACUAUUGGAUAAAUCAAUGGUACAUUGUAAAAGUACUGGUAAUGAUGGUGAUAAUGGUAGUGGUGAAAUGUCAAGUGUUUUUCAGGAUGCUUUGAAAAUUUAUAAAAAAUAUAUUCUUAAAGAUCAUUUGAGAUUGGGAGAGCUGACAUUUGAAUUUAAAGCGGAAAUGGAGCAAGCUGCUGGUAAUUUAAAUGCCGUGAUGCUUAUAAAGGGUUUGUUGUUGGCGCAAAAAAUUGUUUAUAAAGUUUUAGAAGAUGAGUAUAUCAACGAUUUUUUACGAAGUGAAUUUCAUUGUAAACAUCAAAUAGAUGUUUUAACAAGCGGUGAUGUCAAAUUAGCCGAUAUAUUAUUCAACGAAACAGCAUUUUUUUAUUUUAUGGAGUUUAUGGAACUAGAAAAUAAACGUGAGUUAUUAGAUUUCUGGAUGUCUGCGAUAAAUUAUAAGCAGAAUCUUUUAUCAAAAACAAGUACUGACCCAAAGGAAGCGCAAGCAGACGCUCUUAUAAUAUAUGAAAAGUAUUUUAGUCUUCAAGCAACAAUGCCUCUGGGUUUCACAGAUAAAAUACGAUUUUUAAUAGAACAAAAUAUUUGUUGCGAAGGUGAUGAUGGUCCACAACCAGAUUGUUUUGAUAAACCAAGUAUAAUUGUAUAUAAUUUUUUAAGUAAACAUUAUCUACCUGCCUUCUUAUCUUCCCAAUUGUAUUACAAAUACUUAUCUGAGUUGAUCAGCACAAUUCAAAGUGGCGCUUGUGCCUCUCACUCUCAUCAACGUUUGAAGAGAGCAGAGUCUGAUUGUAGCAGCGAAGUGAGUAUUUUUAGUCUAGGAACACACGAUACAACACAAAUGAGUAAUAAUGACGAUGAUAAUCGUUCAUCGCGUGAUAAUAAAAUGAAUUGUAGUCUGAAUAUUGAUACUCGGCAACUUUAUGACCCCGAUUCACUUUGGAAACGUCAUAAGUAUAGUUUAAGCGUGGGAUAUGUUGAUAGUAUGGGACGAUUUGUUACUGAAAUAGAAAGAGAUCCUCAUCGUAAAUACGAAUCGCGAUUAUCACGAGCAGUUAAGAGACUUAUCCAUAUGGAAGAAGAUAAGGCUAAAGAAGAAUUAGCAUGGAAAAUAGCUGAGAUGAUUGUACGUGAAAUAACGUCGCUUACUUUAGGUGUAUCAGAACUUCCUUCUUGAAUUUCAUUUAUUUAUUAAAAAAGUUAUUUUUAACUAUUAAAUCUUGAUUU